GGCAAAACAACCAUAGAAACAGCAGCAAUUAACUGGAAAAAGCAGCCAAACGUCAGUUGGCCUAUCAGCCUUGCCAUUUCAACGAUCUGAAAUUAACAUCUGGAGUUUAAAAGAGAGUGUCAGAUUUGUAUUUCACAGAGUAUAUUUUUUCUUUUUCUGAUGCUGGUGAUUGCGCUGGGAAAGUUCAAAAAUGUUUUGCGUACAGUCUGUUUCCUGGAACAUGCUGUCUGUGUUUUUUCUGGGGCUCACUCUAUCAGUGACAACUGCUGAGGAUAUCCUUAAUAUCUGCAUGAAUGCAAAACAUCACAAGGAUAAGCCGGGAUUGGAGGGAAAUCUCUACAAACAGUGUGAACCUUGGAAGAAAAAUGCUUGUUGUAGAGCCAAUACCUCCGUAGAGGCGCACAAUGACCAGUCCCAUCUUUACAACUUCAACUGGAAUCACUGUGGCACCAUGACAGAAAAAUGCAAGAGACACUUUAUCCAGGACACCUGCUUAUAUGAAUGCUCCCCCAACUUGGGUCCCUGGAUAGUGACGGUUGAUCAGUCUUGGAGGAAAGAACGCAUUUUGCAUGUCCCGGUCUGCAAGACCGACUGCGAAGAAUGGUGGUUGGACUGUCAAGAUGAUCACACGUGUAAGAGCAACUGGCAUAAAGGAUGGGACUGGAGCACAGGAGUAAACAAAUGCCCAGAGAAAAGCAAAUGCCAGAAGUUUGCUCAAGUUUUCCCAACCCCCCGGGACCUUUGCGAGAAGGUGUGGAGUAACUCGUAUUUGUUCACAGAACAUGAUCGGGGGAGUGGCAAGUGUAUUGCUAUGUGGUUUGACACCUCAGGCUCCAAGCUGAACCCAAAUGAAGAGGUUGCACGGUACUACGCCAUUCAGAAAGGUCUGAUCGCAUCCUCUUCCACUGUUGAGCUGACUCUCCCACUGUUCCUGACUCUAUUGCUGCUCUCUGUCUUGCCUUAGCUCUGCUGGCUGUAACCAGAAAAAGAGAGUGGACUGCUGGAAUGCAGCUCUUGCAUUUCAACUUCUGUGUUCAUUUGCUCUGCUAUUUCUUGAUUUUCAAACCAAAAAUCCUUUCCUUUUUUUUGUCAAGCCAAUCCCCUGGCUGAGAGUGGGAGUGGUGGUGGUGUAGGGAGAGGAGGAGAUGUUGCUCUUGCCACCACUGUCAUUGCCUAUGGAUAAGCGGCAAAAACACAAGAGGAUACAUUUAUAUAGCACCUUUUGUAUAGCAACCUCAAGACAUUCCAAAAUACUUUACAGCUAAUGAGGCGCUUGUAAACUGUAGUUCCCUGUUGCAAUAUAGGGAACAGUGGUGGCCAAUUUGUAAACAUGAAGUUUCUGCAGAUAUUUUUCCAGAAAGUGUUAUUAAAUCAUCCACGGUGUAAUGGAAGGUGUCCUCAACAGUGUGAUCAGGCACGACUUAGCAAUAAACUACUCAAGUCCACAGCUCUUAACCUCAUUACAGACUUGGUUCAAAUGUGGACAAAAGAGCUGAAUUCCAGAAGUGAGGUGAAGUGACAGCCCUGAUGUCAAGGCUGCAUUGCACUUAAUAUACGUAAGAUCAUAAGACAUUGGAACAGAAGUGGGGGUGUAGCUCAGUAAUUGUUGGACUCAUACUUGGUACAAAUGAAGUUGGUUGUUGGAGAUCAGUCAUCUCAGUUCCAUGGACAGUAAUGUGUACGAUCAACAAGAACCACAGUAACAACUUGCCAAAGAUCCUUAGACAUUGCCUGCCAAACCCACAACCACUUCCAUCUAGAAGGCAACAGAUACUUGGGAGCACCAUCCCCCUGCAGACUCCCCUCCGAGCCACUCACCAUCCUGACUUGGCAAUAUAUUGCAGUUCCUUUGGUAUCACUGGAUCAAAAUCCUGGUGACUCCUCCCUGCCAGCAUUGCGUACAGCACGUGGGCUGCGGUGGUUCUCGAAGGUAGCUCAGCAUCACUUUCUUGAGGGUAGUUAGGGAUGGGUCAUAAAUGCUGGCCAGCCAGCAAUGCCCAUCUCCUGUGAUGAUGAGGCACACUCUGCCCCUUUGGAUCAGUGUAAAAGGCCUCCCUGUUCCAAAUGGGAGGAAAGCUAUUUCCUAUCUUCUGGCCAGCAUUGAUUCUGAAAGUUAGCAUCAAUAAGAACAAGCUAUCCAGACACCUACUGUGUUCCUAUAUGUGGCAGUUUGCUGAUUUUCUUGUGUCUUCUAUAUUGUAGCAGUGACUGUACUUAGAAAGUAAUUCGUUGGCUGUAAAGUCCAUAUAAAAUGCACACCUUUCUUAUUAAAUCAGUUUACCUCUGUAAUCUCUUCCAGCCCUACAACUCUCCAAGGUCUCUGCACUCCUCCAGUUCUAGUCUGUUAUGCAUUUUUGAUUUUGAUUAGACCCUACUAGUGACUGUGUCUUCAGCUCCCUGGGCUCUACAUUCUGGGAGCCCCUCCUUAAACCCCUCAGCCCCUUGACAGAGAUAUCAAGGUGUAGAGCUGGAUGAACACAGCAGGCCAAGCAGCAUUAGAGGAGCAGGAAGGCUGAUGUUUUGAGGGUCUAGGCCUGAAAUGUCAGCCUUCCUGCUCCUCUGAUGCUGUUUGGCCUGCUGUGUUCAUCCAGCUCUACACCUUGUUAUCUCAGAUUCUCCAGCAUCUGCAGUUCCUACUCUCUCUGAAACAAUUUUAGCCCCUUGACAGAUCUCCCUUCCUUUUAAGAUGCUCUGUAAAGCCUAUCUCUUUGACCAGUUGUUUGCCGUCAUAAUUCCUGACGUGUGUUGGGGGUCAAAUGUUUGACACUCCUGCCGAGCAUCAACAAACGGUUUAACGCAUUAAAGCUACUAUAGAAAUGCAUAUCAAUAAACUGAAGCACUUAACGUGGAUAUCUUCUGAUUAUCAGAUGAUUUUUCAUAAUGUGUAAAUUUAAAGUGUAAUUUCUAGUUCAAACAGCAAUAACAGCCACAUUUAAUAAUUCAAGUGCUGCCUUUAAUGUUCUAUACUAAACUUUAUCUAAAAUUCAGGGAUUUUCUAUAACACAUUUCCUAUUAGCUGAAUGUCUGCAACUUUUUUAAUGAGUGUAGCUAUAAUUUGAUAAAGGACUGUAGUUUUUGUAAUUUCCCUCUGCAUCUGUGCAGUGAGUUAUUUGCACACUUCAUCUGAUGAAAGAGCAGUGCUCCAAAAGCUUGUGAUUUCAAAUAAACCUAUUGGACUAUAA